AUGGCACACCAGAUCUUCCAGAUUUACAAGGAGAAGGGAGAAAAGGUCGACUUCGGAUGGGCCGAUGUCCAGCAGGAGUCUUUCGGGGCUCUCUUUGCCGGCAGCGACACAACUGCCAUCUCCUUCCGCUCACUCCCGCUCAUCGUCCGCAGCUUCGGGCUCGAGUUCUGGGACGCCGGCAGGACGCGGUGGCACACCAGGAACACCUUCUUUGCGCGCCAGGAGGGGAUCAUUACUCGGCUUACGCGGAGGAAUUAA